CCAAGUUUCAGUUUUCUGUGUUACUCUGUGCUGCUUACCUCUUUCUUUUCCCUUUCUCAUUAAUCCAUUCUUGCUGUGGCUUCCUGCAGUCAUGGUAUGCAUGCCUUUCCUUCACAAUAGGAGUUUUCCUCUCCCGUUCUGUCAAUCACCUGUUGUUCCUGUUAAGUGUUUUAGAAACUUGAUCCCUGCAAGAAAACAAAACAGUAACAUGAAGUUAACUGAACUGAAACUUAGUAACAGAUAUAAAGAUUUUUUUAAAUUAUACAUCAGGAACUAGUUUAUAUACGUUUAGCUAAGCAAUAUAUUUAAAGGGGAUUUCCACUGUAUUUCGAAUGUUCUUUAUAAUGAAGUGGUUAAGAUGUAAAGUCGAUAAAAGUGAUUUGAUGUAAAAUUCUCUGUUCUGGAGAAAAGUACACAGUCAGAAUUGUUGUGACGGAAACCAGGUUUGUGGCGUGGACAUAGAGUAAGACACAAGGGAGGCCAUGAUUCUGCUGCAAGUAGUUCUCUUCUUUUAAAUAUCAAGCCGAAACAAAGGAGAGGUCAACGCCAACCAUAGGCUUCCACCCCGUGGUGACCAACCUCCAACACAAAACACCCACACCCCACUGGCACCAAAAAACAUUCACACAUACGUUUAAACUAACAAGCAGCAACAUUAACAACAUAAUUAACGGCUCUUGAGCUUUUCAACAGCAGCGCGGUCAGUAGCGGGUUGCUACAGGUUUUAAUAGUUUUACAAUAAGGUUUUGGCCUUAAAAUCUGUCCGUGGAGGAGAGGAACAUGCAAGGUGCUGUUAUUCAAAAUAGUCCUCAAAGAAAACGUGUUUCUUUAGAUUUACUACUGUUUUACCAUUAUCAUGUAUCUUACAUGCAUUAUUAAACAUGGAUAGGUUCAUUGCUCGUUUUGAAUAGUAAAUGAGGUAAAAGACAUGUUGAUUCUUGGUCUCUGUCAGCAACAUUAUACGGAAAUCUGAGGCAGUAAUGCACGGCUUCAUAUUAAACCACUCUGAAUUACUUUGUGUACAUCUCAACAACUAAAUUAUGCUAAAUUUUGAAAAGUUGAAAUUUCCCUUAAAUAAAACUUGCAUAUUGUAGCUUAGUAACAUAUAUUUAAUAAAAGUUUAAAUAAUCAUAAUAGUAAGAUAAGAAGUUAAUGGCAAUACCUAUUCUUAUUGAAAAAUAUACAGACUAAUGAAUACAAUUUCUAUCUCGUGUUCUCUGUAUUCAGGCAGGCACAUGUGCAUCUACACGUACUCACUGUACAGCCAAGGCGUUCCAAAUUGCUAAAUAUAGGCUACUCUGCUACAGUAUCUAAGGCAUGCCUGCUAUUCCAUGAUGUAGUGUUGGAUACAAAACCAUCUAGCAGAUUUGCAUUACCAGUAAUACUUGUGUGUCACUGCUUAUUUUGAAAAGUACUCUUAUAAUGUAUCAUGUAUGCAACUUAACACCAGUCAUAUGAGGCUUCCACUGUCGCACUCUGUUUCUCUGGCUUCCAAGUCAAUGGUUUAUGUUUGUGUAAAGGUGUAAUCUGUGAUAGGACAGGCAAUAAUAUUCAGGAUUUACAGUGCAAGCUGGUUCCUGGUGUCUUGCACAGGAAAAUAAACUUUACACAAAUUUCUCCUUACCUCAGAAACAGUUGAUGGGUCAGUGCGUGUUUGUUAACAAAGUUUGCAGUGAAACUGUUUAUAAACUGCUAAUAUAAUAAAAGUUUAUGUCACCCAGAAACAUUUCAUUUUUUUAGUCACAUUAGCCUUUCAGAUCCAGCAAAGCACACUGUGGACAAGAAAACAUGUCUUGGCUAUUGGGAGUAAAUUAGAUUUCCCAGUGAACCGUUAUUUUUAGGGAAACAAAGUUGAUAAGUGCCCAUUUAGUCAUUUCAUUGUUGAUUUACAGUUUAUCUUUGCAUUGACUAUUCUACUGGAUUGUUGCAUACCUCACUUGUUGCUUCCCAUGCCUUUCUGUUCCCUUCUCCUUUUAUUCCAUUAUUUUGUUUUGUGCAUUUGCUAUUUAAAUCUUACACAGUAAAGGGAAGGACAUCAGUUACAUUAGGUAAUGGUAUUGGGAAUGCUUGUGUGGGAGAGAUAUGGAGGUUUUUUUCAGGGAAGGUAAAAUCUUUUCACUUUUUUUCUCUCUGCCAUAGGCCACUUGGAAACAUGCUAUUGAAAAAGCAAGAGCGAUGCCAGACCCCUGGGCUGAGUUCCAUUUGGAAGAUGUUGAGACUGAGCCCUGCAUUAGAUAUAGGUACAAUGCCAUUACUGGUGGAUGGGCCCAGGACCAAGUGUUUAUUAAGAUGUCCUCCCAGAAAGAAGUUGUCAAACUUCUCUCACAGCAGCAACUGGAAAUCUGCAUCAAACUAUGUAGCUAAGCGGUACAUGGAGACUGUGGACAGAGAUGUGUAUUUUGAGGAUGUCCGGUUACAGAUGGAAGCUAAAUUAUGGGGUGAGGAGUACAAUCGCCACAAGCCUCCCAAACAGGUGGACAUUAUGCAGAUGUGUGUUGUGGAAAUGACCUCUCGCCCAGGGAAACCUUUUUACCACCUGGAGCACUAUAUUGAGGGUCAAUAUAUCAAAUACAACUCCAACUCUGGCUUCGUAAGGGAUGAUAAUAUACGUCUCACACCACAGGCAUUCAGUCACUUCACCUUUGAGCGCUCUGGACACCAGCUGAUAGUUGUGGACAUUCAGGGAGUUGGUGACCUCUACACAGACCCUCAGAUCCACACAGAGAAGGGGACUGACUUUGGUGAUGGCAACUUGGGUGUACGCGGCAUGGCCCUUUUCUUCCACUCUCACCUGUGUAACAAGAUCUGCAAGAGUAUGGGCCUCACACCUUUUGACAUGUCCCCUGCAGAAAACACUCAGCUGGACUGCACCAACAAGCUGCUGCAGUCAGCUAAGACCAUGCUUCGUGGCUGUGAGGAACAGUGCGGUUCUCCACGGGUGCGGACUACCUCCCUCAGCCGCAUGCCCCCUAUCCUAUCCCGCCUUUCAGAGACCUCCUUGGCUGAUGAGAACAUUAGUGAUGUAGAUUCCAUUCCCUGCUCUCCUUUGAGCCUGGGCCUCUCUGCCGACCGUUCACCAAGAGUUUGGUCAUUCAUGAAUGACAUGAGCGAAACAGACACAGAUCAAAAGUUUUCAGAGAAUGGAGGAGACAGCGGUUACCCAAGUGAAAGACGCAGUGAGGGAGACCUAGGCGAACACAACGACCGGUUUCGGCCUGUCUACAACAGACAUUACUCUGAAUCGGAUGAAGACAGUGUUCGUCGGCUGACCGAGGAAAAAUGGAGUUUCUUCCACUCUUCGCGUGCUCAUAUUCACAGACCCUCCUGCGUGGCGGUAGAGGUGGAGAGACUGAACUCUCUGUUUCUUGAAAGGAAAAUUGGCAAAUCUAUUUUAGGCAAGGUUCAUCUAGCAAUGGUCCGGUACCAUGAGGCAGGCCGAUUCUGUGAGAAAGAUGCACCAUGGGAUCAGGAUUCUGCUAUGUAUCAUUUGGAAAGGGCUGCCAUGUGUGGAGAAUUAGAGGCUAUUGUAGCCCUUGGCCAAUGUUACCUGCAGCUGCCACAUCACAUUCUCCCAGAGAUCGAACUAGAGGAUAGUGUGGAGAACAGGAAGAAGGGCUUCAAUCUGUUACUUCAGGCUGCUGAGGCUGGAGACAGACCCAGUAUGAUGUUAGUGGCCAGAGCAUUUGACACAGGCAACAGCCUCCCACCUGACAGGACUCAAGACUGGAAGGAAGCAGUGUGCUGGUACGACUGUGUUCUAAAUAUGACCGACUAUGAUGAGGGUGGAGAAUUUGAUGGUAUGCAGGAUGAGCCACGUUACCUUCUGCUGGCCCGUGAGGCCGAGAUGUAUCAGCAGGGAGGAUUCAGCCUGGACGCAGAUCCACAGAGAGCAGGUGAUCUGUUCACUGAAGCAGCCGAUGCUGCCAUGGAGGCAAUGAAGGGCAGACUGGCUAAUCAAUAUUACAUGAAGGCUGAGGAGGCUUGGUCUGCAAUGGAAGAGUAGAGGAAAUUAUUUGAUCUUCCAACACUCUUAACAUUUUUUAUUUAGCUCUUUGGGAUAUGUUUACAUGGUCUUUUA